UCUACUCAUUUACACUCUGAUUUCAAAUGUUGUUGUUUUUUUGGAUGUAAACAAAUCAGUUUAUAUAGCAAGACAGGAGCCUAAGAAGAGAAAUAAGUAUACCAGUAUUCCGCCGUUUAUCAAUAGAACAGGAGAAAGACUCUACUCACUAACGGAGGUGAUAAGCUGUUUACGGUGUUAAGAUGAGAAGCAGUGAGGAAGAGAGAAUAUUUCAGUUGUUGUUUCUCCUUUACGAUGUAUGUAAAGAUACUCUUCUUUCUUUCUUCGCCAAUAAAUAUUGUAACAACGAACUAACAGAUGAAAACAUUUCACAGUAUAUCAGUAAAAACAAAGACAAACUCCUUCAACAAUUACAAAAAUCGAAAUGUAAAAUAUGCUCGGAGUCAAAAGCUGAAAACUCUUGUCUGAAAUUACAACGAGAACUACUUGCAUGUUUCUUUAAAGUUGACAAAUCUGUGAAAAAAGACACAAGUUUGACAAAUGUGACUUCAGAUUUACUUACCGUUAAAACAAUCGAACCAGAUGAACUGACUGUUUCAAUGCUUCACAACCUACUACUGACCGCAGAACUAGACUCCGCGGAACGUGAAUGGAUUGGUCAAUUGUAUGAGCAACGAAAACAGUUUUCAUCUAUGGCAAUAACCGAGGACAAAUUCCAAGACAUUUGGAGAAAAUGUGAAGAAAUAGUCCUCAAUAUUUCAAGAAAGUACAGUAAAGGACAAGAGAAGAUAAUGGAGAAAUACAUAAAAGUUGUAAAAACUAUGCUGCCUCAAUGGGACAUGGUGGAGGACGCCUGGCAGUUGAUGGAGAAGGAGUUUCAUCUGCAAGAUGGAACGUUAUAUGCGGACAUUUCUCUUAAACUGAAAUGUAGAGAAACUCAGUACUGGACAACAACGUCAGAGGAGAAGUUUGGAUGUGAUGAAAUAAACAAUAAUGAUGAGAGUGACGCUCAAGACAUUACAGACAGAGUCUUGUCACGGCUUCUACCAGUCCUAGAAAAACAUCAGCAGGAAAUUGAUAUCAAAAAUAAAAACCAGACACAAUGUAUACUACAGAGGUUAGAAGACAUGUCUUCUGGUUUGUCGAGUACGCGGGAAUAUAAAGAAUGUGACAUGGAGAAGAUUAGACUGCCAUCUGGAAUAAACGAGUUAAAGAGCCCACUGUUUGUGAUAACAGAAGAAAAUGAAGGUUUAGAUACUAGUAGUGGUAGCAAUGCGGGCAAAACCGUAAAUACAGACUCUUUAUGGGCAAGAGGAAAAAGUCAGUCAGAUUCUGCAUUUUUGACCCCAACUUUCAAGGAAAGAGUAUACGACCAUGACGACGGACAUCAUACUUUGUAUGCAGACUUCCCAUCCGUGAAGGUCAAGGCGAAGAAUAAUUACGUGAUUAUGAUUGACGAAAAAAUAGCAGCCUCAAUGACGGAAGGAGAAAUCUAUUAUCUAAUCAAACAGGUUGAUGAUUGGUGGGAAAUAACUACCCUACCAGGGGCUUCUUUCUUUAUAAAGUCGGAGUGUGCUGAAAUAGUUGGCCCAAAUCCAAGAUUGAUGACUCGGGAUCCAAAAUCAAUUCGUAGAGAAUUCAGAUUUCCAUCUCAGAAGCGGAUAGAGAGUACAGAAUCAGACAUAGAUGGUUAUGAGAUUGUAAACAUCAAAGGAGGUAAAAUUGAAGAUCCAGAACCGCUUUAUGAAACACCUUGGGAAUUUAGUAAUAAACACGAACUUAUACGUAAAAUGGGAUCUGAAUCUAAACCUAGAGCUGCCCCUCGACAGCAGAGUGAAUCUGGACCUAGAGCUGCCCCUCGACAGCGGACUGAGGCAGGACCUAACACCCUCCAUAGACAAUGGCGACGAAACGCAGUCAACAUGAAAAUAGACUCAUCAGAAAUUGAUGGAUAUUUAACGCCACAGAAGAUCGGCUUAGUUCUGAAACAGAAACGAUCUAUGUCAUUACCUUUACCUCAAGUAGAUGCACGACCACAGAUGAAGAUUCCGGAGGUAGCUUCCAAGACUAAAGAUAAGAACUAAAACUGACAUGGUUCUGUGUACAAAUUAUUAUUUAUAAAGUUACAAGCAAGAUCUGUAUUGGAAAAAAAUGUCAGAAAUAUUACUUUACAUUAACGACAUGUAGACGAUUUAUAUAAACUCAGAUUGAAAAGUGUGCAUAUGUUUAUGUGUUUUGUUACUGACUUGUGUGUAUCUAGUGUUUACCGUUGAAAGCAUUUUUGAAGUUCUCUGAAUAAAAUUAUUUCUAAGUA